CCCCGCUGGAGGCCGCAGGCAGCGACAGGCUCCGACGCGGCCCGGCCUGGCGCUUCAGUCGGGAUCCUGAGCCGGGGGACGGGCUGAGCCAUGUGGGGCCGCUACCUGGCGGCGCGGCGGCUGCUGAGCCUCAGCCGGACUUUGAAUCAAAAGUCAUGGAGGUGGAAGAGUGGGUCUGCAAAUGAAAAAGCACUACAAUACAAGAUAGGAGAACGAAUCCAUGGGUUCACUGUAAACCAGGUAACAGCUGUUCCUGAGCUAUUCCUAACUGCAGUGAAGCUUAGUCAUGAGAACACAGGAGCCAAAUAUUUACAUGUGGCACGUGAGGACUCCAAUAAUUUAUUCAGUGUACAAUUUCGUACCACACCGCUGGACAGUACUGGUGUUCCACAUAUCCUUGAACACACUGUGCUUUGUGGUUCUCAGAAGUAUCCUUGCAGAGAUCCUUUCUUUAAAAUGUUAAACAGAUCACUGUCCACUUUCAUGAAUGCAUUUACAGCCAGUGAUUACACACUCUACCCAUUUUCAUCACAAAAUCCAAAGGAUUUUCAGAAUCUCCUGUCCGUGUAUUUGGAUGCUGCUUUUUUCCCAUGUUUGCGACAACUAGAUUUCUGGCAAGAAGGUUGGAGGUUAGAACACGAGAAUCCGACUGAUCCUCAGACACCACUAGUCUUCAAAGGAAUUGUUUUUAAUGAAAUGAAAGGGGCAUUUACAGACAAUGAGAGGUUAUUCUCACAACAUCUACAGAAUAAACUCCUUCCUGAUCACACUUAUGCUGUAAUAUCUGGUGGAGACCCAUUAAGUAUUCCUGACCUUACAUGGGAACAGCUUAAACAGUUCCAUGCCACUCAUUAUCAUCCAAGCAAUGCUAGGUUCUUCACUUAUGGUAACUUCCCAUUGGAGCAGCAUUUGAAACAAAUUCAUGAAGAAGCGCUGACUAAGUUUCAUAGAAUUGAACCAAAUACUGCCAUCCCAGUACAGCAACUCUGGGAUAAGCCUAGAGAGCAUCAUGUGAAAUGUGGCUCAGAUUCAUUUGCUGCAGACCCUACAAAGCAGACAACUAUCAGUGUCAGCUUCCUGUUGACAGACAUUACAGAUACUUUUGAAACUUUCACGCUUAACCUGUUGUCUUCCCUGUUGGUUGGUGGACCUAAUUCUCCCUUCUACAAAGCCUUACUUGAGGCCAAUCUUGGUACAGACUUUUCUCCUGAUGUUGGGUUUAAUGGCUGCACGAGAGAGGCUUACUUCAGUGUAGGCCUGCAGGGAAUUGCUGAGAAAGACAUUGAAACAGUCAAACAAAUUACUGCUAGAACAAUAGAUGAAGUUAUUGAAAAAGGAUUUGAGGAAGAGAGGAUUGAAGCUCUACUUCACAAAAUUGAAAUCCAGAUGAAGCAUCAGUCUACAAGUUUUGGACUUGCCCUGACAUCAUACAUAGCUUCCUGCUGGAAUCAUGAAGGAGACCCUGUGGAACUUUUGAAGAUUGCAGACAAAGUGACUCAGUUCAGACAGCACCUCAAGGAAAACCCAACAUUUCUUCAAGAAAAAGUUAAACAGUAUUUUAAGGAUAAUCCACAUAGACUGACUCUGUCGAUGAGUCCAGAUGAAAGCUACUAUGAAAAACAAGCAAAAUUGGAAGCAGAAAAACUGAAACAAAAGGUUAAUGCUCUUUCUGAAGAAGAGAAGAAACAAACGUAUGAAAAAGGUUUGGAAUUAAUUGCUCUUCAAAGCAAACCUCAGGAUACCUCCUGUCUCCCGGCUCUAAAAGUAUCUGACAUUGAGCCUACAAUCCCGUUCACUGAGUUGGAGAUGGCAUUUGCAGCUGAUGAAAUCCCUGUCCAGUACUGUGCUCAGCCGACCAAUGGGAUGGUAUAUUUCAGAGCUGUUUCCAGCUUGAACACACUUCCAGAGGAACUCAAACCAUAUGUGCCACUCUUCUGCAAUGUCAUUACUAAAAUGGGCUGUGGAGCCCUUGGUUACAGAGAGCAAGCCCAGCAAAUGGAGCUAAAAACAGGUGGCAUGUCUGUCAGCCCACACAUCAUUCCAGAUGAUUCACAUCUGGAUGCGUAUGAACAGGGUGUGCUCUUUUCUUCUCUGUGCCUGGAUAGAAAUCUGCCAGACAUGAUGCACUUAUGGAGUGAAAUCUUUAACAACCCACACUUUGAAGAAGAGGAGCAUUUUAGAGUACUGGUUAAGAUGACUGCGCAAGAGCUGUCAAAUGGAAUUCCUGAUUCUGGGCAUUUAUAUGCAUCUGUUCGAGCUAGCAAAACCCUUACACCUGCCGGAGAGUUACAAGAAAUGUUUAAUGGCAUGGAUCAGGUGAAACUGAUUAAGCGAAUUGCAGAAAUGUCUGAUAUUAAACCAGUAUUACGCAAACUACCACGCAUUAAGAAAUAUUUAUUAAACAGUGAUAACAUGAGAUGUUCAGUGAAUGCUACACCUCAACAGAUGUCACAAGCAUCUAAAGAAGUAGAAAACUUUUUAAAGGGCAUCACUAGAAGCAAAAAAGAGAGAAAACCUGUCCGCCCCCAUGUGAUUGAGAAGUCUCCAGAGCUCUUGCCUGUUGGAAGGGAAAGGCUUAAUUGUUCACAAAUCACAAGGAAACUAAUUACUGAGCCUACCUUCAAACCAUGUCAGAUGAAGACCCAUUUUCUACUUCCCUUCCCAGUGAAUUAUGUUGGAGAAUGCAUUCGAACUGUUCCCUACACAGCUCCUGACUAUGCAAGCCUUCAGAUCCUUGCACGAUUGAUGACAGCUAAAUUCUUGCAUAGGGAAAUCAGAGAGAAAGGAGGUGCUUAUGGAGGAGGUGCUACACUCAGUCACAGUGGCAUAUUCACUUUCUAUUCUUACAGGGAUCCAAAUUCUACAGCAACCUUUUCAACUUUUGAAAAAGCAGCUGAAUGGGCUCAGUCUGGGGAAUUUGCACAGCAAGACAUUGAUGAAGCCAAGCUUGCAGUGUUUGCAGCUGUAGAUGCUCCUAUCGCUCCUUCAGACAAAGGGAUGAAUCAUUUCUUGAAUGGUAUCUCCGAUGAGAUGAAACAGAGACACAGGGAGCAGCUUUUUGCUGUCAGCAGUGAUCACCUUAUUGAUGUGGCAAACAAAUACCUUGCAGGUGGGAAGAGCACCCGAGGACUGGCUGUACUAGGCCCAGAGAAUCCGCACAUUGCCAAAGAUCCAUCUUGGGUCAAACGAUAACAUUUGUUACUGAAAAUGGCUUAAGAGAAAUAAAACAAUCCAAUUCAUAA